GAGAGAGAGAGAGAGAGAGAGAGAGAAAACCAUCGGCUUAGCCGGGGCGCGCGCACCCAGACAAGUGCAAGUCAUUCAUGAAGCCACCUUCUAAAUCAUGGAGAGGCUAUGACUGGCAUUGGUGAAGACCUGAUGUGUGUCUGUGUGGGUGACUGCCAAUGAUGGGGUCCCAUUCUGGGUGACAGUACUUGCCUGACCUUUUCCAUUAUGGAGAAGGUGACAGACAAUGUCCUGUGUGAGCACUCUGAGGCCGGUGUGUUUGCAAAGAGUCACUGCCAAAGUUGUUCUGAGGCCCACAAGACUCCCUAUGACACCAGCGUGCACCUAGAGACAGGGAGGUCUGUGGGGGCUGAGGCUCCUUACCGUGAUCUGCACCAAGGUGCCCACCACCCCAAGGAUACCCUCUGCAUCUUGACCUCCAGGUGUGAGUUGGUGGUGGCCACUGGCCCUGAGCAAAAACCUGAGAGUCUCAAGGUUCCAGUGCAGCGGCACUCAGCAGAGAGUUCCGUGGCCCAGCCUGGGGGCCAAGAGAUCGGGGGUGGGGUGCCCUACCUAGAAAGCCUGAUCAGCCCACAGUUGAGAAACUCCUCAGAGGACAGCCAGGCCAGCAAAGCCGCUGCCAGCAUCAGCCCUGACCGCAGCACAGGCACCCACUGUCCUGAUGAUACCAGCACCCCAGACGCUGCGGACUCGGAUGCUGUGGACUGGCCCGAUAAGCCUUGGGGCUCUGACGGGCUCAUCAUGAUGUUUGCCAAGCGUCAGGAACGCACACCGGCCGACAGUCCCCGGAGGGCUCCAUCCUCGGUUUCCAGGGCGUCAGCCACAGAUCCUAGUCAUGGGAACCAGAAUUCUAGGGAGAGCCAGUCUAAGUGUCGUGGGGAGAGUGGUUACUUCUCCUUGGAAAGGAAUAAGUUGGAUUCAGCCCAGGCCUCCAAAAGUCUACAAAGUGGACUUAGAAGUACAUCACGAAACCCUGGUCCUGCAAAAACCACAUACCAUGACACACCCCAAGCCUCAUCUCCCCAGCGAUCCACCCAACAGGACACUACCAGGGCCUCAUCUCCCCAGCGAUCCACCCAACGGGACACCACCAGGUCUUCCUCUCCCUAUCGAUCUACCCAAAGGGACACCACCAGGUCCUCUUCUCCCCAUCGAUCUACCCAAAGGGAUGCCACCAGGUUCUCUUCUCCCCAUCGAGCCACCCAACGGGACAAUACCAGGGCCUCAUCUCCCCAGCGAUCCACCCAACGGGACACCACCAGGUCUUCCUCUCCCCAUCAAUCUACCCAAAGGGACACCACCAGGUCUUCCUCUCCCCAUCGAUCUACCCAAAGGGACACCACCAGAUCCUCCUCUCCCCAUCAAUCCACCCAAAGGGAUGCCACUAGGUCCUCUUCUCCCCAUCGAUCCAUCCAAUGGGACACUACCAGGUCUUCAUAUCCCCAGCGAUCCACCCAACGAGACACUACCAGGUCUUCAUCUCCUCAUCGAUCCACCCAGAGGGACACCACCAGGUCCUCAUCUCCUCACCAAUCCACCCAGAGGGACACCACCAGAACCUCUUCUACCCAACAAGACAACCCCUGGGCUUCUUCUCCUGCCCGGCCCACCCCAAAGGACAAUCCUCAGGCUUCUCCCAGCCAACGAGAUAGUCUUCGAGCUUCUUCUACCCAACGAGACAACCCUGGUUCCUCCUAUUCUGCUCGAUACAUUCAACGGGGCAAUCUUCAGGCUCCUCCCAGACAACAGGACAACCCUAGAACCUGUUCUGCCCAACGAGACAAUCCCCAGGCCUCCUCUCCUGCCCGGACUACACCAAAGGAUAAUCCUCGGGCUUCUUCCACCCAGCAGGAUAAUCCUCGAUCUUCUUCUAUUCAACGAGACAAUCCUGGGUCCUCCUCUCCCACACGAUCCAGCCAAUGGAGCAACCCGCGGACCUCCUCUCCCCAUCGCACUAACCGUGACAUUCCUUGGGCCUCCUUCCCCCUCCGCCCAAUCCAAAGCGAUGGACCUCGGGCUUCCUCUCCAACCCGCUCUAAACGAAGUGAGGUCCCCUGGGCCUCCUUUCCUCUCCGGCCAGUCCAAGGGGACAAUUCCUGGACCUCUUCUCCCACACGCUCAUCUCAACUUUCCUCUAAAACCAGCCAACGUGAUACCCCAAUUCGGGGUUCCAGUUGCCACAGUGGCCCUUGGAGUUCCACUUCACCUCUCUCUUCCACACAUACUGCCUCCCAGGCCUCUUCUCUCUCACGUUCUACCUCCCUUGAUUCUCCUAACUCCCCCUCAGUUGUGUGCAUUGGACACCGAGAUGCACCCCGGGCAUCCUCACCCCCCCGAUUUUCUCAGCAUGACCCAUUCUCAUUCUUUCCUGAACCCCAUGAUGAUGAGAGCCAAUCCGCCCAUCAUGAACCCCCCUAUAUCCCUCCAGCUGUCUGUAUUGGGCACCGAGAUGCCCCUCGGGCCUCUUCGCCUCCUCGCUACUCCCAACAUGAUCCCUUUCCUUUCCUCCCAAAUACCUCAGACACUGCAGAGAGCCAAUCUCCUCAACAUGACCCUCCCCAGAUGCCACCUCCUGUGUGCAUUGGGCACCGGGAUGCUCCCCGGGCCUCAUCCCCUCCACGCCAGUCCCAGCAAGAGCCUUCCUUCCUCUAUCAAGAUCCCCCUGGAGCUAGCUCUGAGAGCCUGGCUCCCUCCACAAGCUCUGUGCAUGAUGCCCCCCAUGUGCCACCUCCUGUAUGCAUUGGGCACCGGGAUGCCCCUCCCUUCUCUUCUCCCCCACGCCAUGUUCAGCAUGACCCUUCCCUCCUUUACCAGGAUCCCCCUGGGGCCAGCUCUGAGAGCCUGGCUCUCUCUGUAGAUUCUCAGCAUCACCCUCCCCAGAUGCCAUCUCCUGUGUGCAUUGGGCACCGCGAUGCCCCACUUUUUACUUCCCCCCCAUGCCAGGCCCACAAUGACCCUUCCCUCCUCACUCAGAACCCUCCAGGUGCCAGCUCCAAGAGCCUUACUCCUUCCAUGGACUCCCUGCACGAUCCCCUCCAACCAACCCUCCAUGUGUGCAUUGGGCACCGAGAUGCCCCACGUAACUCCUCCCCGCCCCGCCAUUGGGACUCCCCUGGGGUUGCUAGGUAUUCUUCCCCCCCACCAGGGCCCUCUGCUUCCAAGGGGUCUGGCAAUGGGGAGGGCAGACGUAACCUGGAACGGGAGGAAUACACAGUGUUGGCUGAUCUUCCCCCACCCAAGAGGCUGAACCAGAAAGAGGCCAUGGGCAAGCAGAACGGCAGUGCCAGUGACCGCACCCGCAGCCCCGGCCUCACCGAGGUGGAGCGAAUCUUCAGGCACGAGCGCAGGAAGUCGGAAGCCUUGGAGACAUACCAGGCCCGGGAAGCUGGGAGGUCACAGAGAGGUAGUGGGCGAGCAUCUGGACAGCUACAGCGCAGACAGUCCAGCCCAGCCCUGGGCAGAGAGGUGACCAAGAAGCCCCCCCAGCCUUCAGAACAGGCCUGCAGGGGCCGAGUGGAGCCAGCUCACACCAAGAACCCAGAGAGACACCCUGCGGGAGACCGGCAGAGCAAGGGGGGCUCUGUACCCCCCAAGAAUCUGGUCAAACUCCCAGAGAGGGAAUGCAGAGCCCGGGGGCAGCUCCUGCACUCCAAGAGCCUAGACAUGCCCCCUGAGAAUGACCGACAAAGGCAGAGGCAGCCUCUGGGCCUUAGACACUUAGGGAAGUCAAUGGAUGAGGAGUGGGGGCUGCCAGAGGAAUCCUCCAACCCCAGGUCUCCCAAGAGACACCUGGAGAGGGACUGGGGUGGCCCGGGCCAGGCCUAUUCAGAGGACGGGAUGGAGAGGGACUUCAGAGGUCGGGAAGGGCAUUCCUGCACCAGGGCUCUGGACAUAUAUCCGGACAGUGAAUGGAGAGGGCCCACCAAAGAGAUUGUGGGCUGCUGGCGGGCUCUAGCCGAGCAAGUGUGCUGUAGGCGACUGGAGAGGCUCCGCCAGAGUGGACAGCUGCUAGACUGGGGUGGACUGUCCCAGCCCGGGAGGUCUGAGUGGGAUUGUAAUGGCCUGGGGGAGCUCAGCCUGCCCCCUGUUCCAGAGAGGCCUGCCAAGGUGUCCUGGGGAAGCCUAGGAGAGCUCCCCCAUUCUAGGAAGCUGGAAAGAGCAGAUGAGAUGGACUGGGGAGGCCUGGGGGAGUCGGCCCUCCCUCGGAGGCCCGAGAGACCCUUGGACAUGGACUGGAGGGACCUGGGAGAGCUUCCUCAUCGUCAUGGCCCCGAGCCUGCGGGGACUGACUGGAGGAGCCUAGGGGAGCUGCUCCGACCUAGGAGCCCGGACUCAUGCGGAGAAAUUGACUGGGGAGCCAGGGGGGAGCCCAUGUUUACCGAGGGAUCCUGGCUGGAGAAUGGGGAGGCCAGACCCCCCAAGGGCACCGAGGAGGCCCCAGAGCGUGAAUGGCAGAGCGCCUCAGAGCCCGCAGGGCUGGUCAUCCAUGACAGACAGGCAGAAAUGAAUGGGUACAGUCUUGGGGAGCGCCUACUGAGCCUGAUUCCUUCAGUGGAGGAAAAUGGGGCUGACCUGGGACAGCCAAUCAGCUCAGCCCCGUGGCCAAAGACAAAACUGGAGAGCUGUCACAGGGCCAUGGAGGCAGCUGGUCCGCAGGAGGAAGAGGACAAGAUGGCCAACAACCUACCACUUGGCCCCCACCCAUCUGAGGAGCCCGAACCAGAUGGCGGCACCCUCCCUGAGCCUGGACAUCCAGGAGUCGUCAUGGGCCAAGAGACGUCCUUAAUGACUGAGCAGGAGAAGGCCUCCACGGCAGACAACGUCCAAAGGAAGGAAAAGGCCGUGAGCCCCACCAAGGGCCGACUGGUGACUUCAUGGCGCAUGCCCGGAGACCAGCCGACGCUCUUCAACCCGUUCCUGAUUUCCCUGGGGGUUCUCAAGUGGCAAAGGCCUGAUCUCCUCAACUUUAAGAAGGGAUGGAUGUCCAUUCUGGAUGAACUAGGCGAGUGGAAGAAACAUUGGUUUGUGCUGACUGACUCCAGCCUCAAAUAUUACCGGGACUCCAAUGCGGAAGAGGCCGAUGAACUGGACGGAGAGAUCGACUUACGCUCCUGUACGGAUGUGACAGAAUUCGCUGUCCAACGUAACUAUGGCUUCCAGAUCCACACGAAGGAUGCCGUCUUUACGUUGUCGGCCAUGACUUCUGGCAUCCGGAGGAACUGGAUUGAGGCUCUGAGGAAGACCGUGCGGCCAGCUAACGCCCCAGAUGUCACCAAACUCUCGGACAGCAACAAGGAGAACACCAUCCGUGGUUACACUUCCCAGAAGGGCUCCUUGAAGUCCGACGAGCCACGGCCGGCUGUGGACCUCUUCGGCCAGGGAACCAACCGGAAGGCAGAUGGGCAGCGCCAGUCCUUUGACUAUGUGGAGCUCUCCCCGCUGACCCAGGGCUCCCCACAGCGCCGUGUGGCGAGCAUCCGCGGCUCUGACCGCGGGGCAAAGCAGGAUGAGCUAGAGAAAGACCUGGCCCAGCGCUCUGAGGAGCGCCGCAAGUGGUUCGAGGCCACCGACAGCCGGGCUGGUGAGCCCAUGGUGGGCGAGGGGCCCCGCAAGGUCCUCGGGGGCCCCCUCACCGAUGACCAGCAGAGCCGGCUGAGUGACGAGAUCGAGAAGAAGUGGUUGGAGCUGGAGAAGCUGCCUUUGAGGGAGAACAAGCGGGUGCCCCUGGCGGCUCUGCUCACCCAGAGCAAAGGGGAGCAGAAGGGGCCUUCGGGAGACCCCACCGAGGCCCUGGAGAAGGAGGUCCAGUCCUUGCGGGCUCAGCUGGAGUCCUGUCGUCUCCGAGGGGACAGUUCCCAGGACACACCCAAACCUCAAGAGGAUGGCCAUGUCCCCCGGGGCUAUAUCUCCCAGGAAGCAUGUGAGCGAAGCCUAGCAGAGAUGGAGUCAUCCCACCAGCAGGUGAUGGAGGAGCUGCAGCGGCAUCACCAGCGGGAAUUGGAGCGGCUGCAACAGGAAAAGGAGUGGCUUUUGGCAGAGGAGACGGCAGCCACAGCCUCUGCCAUAGAAGCCAUGAAGAAAGCCUUUAAGGAAGAGCUAAACAAGGAACUGGGAAAAACACGGAGUCUUCAGCAAGGUCCAGAGAGCCUCCGGAAACAGCACCAGUCUGACGUGGAUUCUCUGAAGCGAGAAUUACAGGUCCUCUCCGAGCAGUACUCCCAAAAGUGCUUAGAGAUCGGAGAUCUGACCCGCCAGGCCGAGGAACGGGAACGCAUUUUGCGGCACUGCCAGCAGGAAGGCAAGGGGCUCCUGAGGCAGAACCAGGAGCUUCACUCACGCCUGUCAGAAGAGAUCGGCCGACUGAGAAACUUCAUCGCCUCCCAGGCCUCGAGUGAAGGCCUAGCACGCACCAAUGAGAGGAGCUCCUGUGAACUGGAGAUGCUGCUCCGGGUGAAGGAGAAUGAGCUACAGUACCUGAAGAAGGAAGUUCAGUGUCUCCGGGACGAGCUGCAGAUGAUACAGAAGGAUAAGCGCUUCGCCUCAGGGAAGUACCAGGAUGUCUAUGUGGAGCUAAACCACAUCAAGUCGCGGUCAGAGCGGGAGAUUGAGCAGCUGAAGGAGCACCUGCGUCUGGCCAUGGCUGCCCUUCGGGAAAAGGAGUCGAUGCGAAACAAUCUGGACAACUAGCGGUUUUGGUCACUCCAUCCCCUGUUGGAUUUGUCCAGCAGAAGGGAGACGUGGUCUCCCCACGCCCGAGGAGACCAGAAGCCAAGCUUUCUCACCACGCCUUCAUGGGCAGCGCUCUCUCUCUCUCUCACACACACACACACACACACACACACACACACACACACACACACGCACACAAACACACAUCCUCUGCAGAUCUGAGCGCGCCCUUCACACUGGGUCUUAACUUGCACCUUCUUUGGGAUUUUAUAUGUGAAAAGAUUUUUAUAUAGAUUUUUUUCCUCCCCACCCCCCAAAGAAAAAAAACACUUUAUGCCCGGUUUUUUUUUUGUUUUUUAAGAAUGCCUAGGACUGAGUGGGUGCUCUCCUGCCCCCACACCCCCAAGCCAGCAGCCUCAGCGGGGUCCUGGGGCUCAGUCUGGAAGAGGAGGAUGUAGCUUUUCCAUCCCCUCCCCCUGCCCCGCCCCCCACUCCUUCACUGCUUGCUGGCUCUGGGCCCUUUCCCAAGCUGAGGCUGCCUGCCCUUCCUGCCUGGGGCCUGUGGAUGGGUGGAUGGACAGACGGACAUAGGGAGGGAGGAGCACGGGACCUGCCACUCUCAAGUCCUGAGCCGGACUGUGGGAGCCAAACAGUGAAGUCGGGGUGCCUGCUCUGCACAGCAAAACUCUUAACUUAAUAAAACAUCCUAGUUA